AUGCUUGAAUCGAUGAAUCAAAUCAGAUGUGGUCACUGUAUCGUGAAGGUGAACAUCGCCAAGUACGGAAAGAAGCCAACCCACAUGAGGCAUGUGCAAACGUCCCGAAAAGACAAACAAGUGGAGGAAAUAAGACAUGCCCAUACUGGUGGGUGGAAAAAAAUUAUCGCAGGAAGAUCCUUUGCUGAAGCAGUCUCUGGCAAAAAUAACACUCCAUCACCUUCACCGAAUCCAGUGGUGCAUCUACAUCGGGUCGCCGCAAUGGAAUAUUCUGCACUUCUCUUGGGCGAAGUCAAGUGUUUCCAACACCUCAGCAACCUUCCCAAGUUACUCAAUGCAGACGGGGAAAUCCCGUGUCGCGUAUAUUAUGCCGGUGGUUUGAAAGUUGUACUGAAAUUCUUCUUCCAUGAAUACGCAAUGGGAUAUCUAAAGAACGAUCAUAUCUGGAACAGGUGA